CUUCCGGAGCCACGACGACAGAGAAGAGUGACAGUUGAUUUGACCAAAAGUCUGCUCACAAGCAGUGACGUCUCUUUCUCUACAACGGGCGGGAUAUCCGCAUUAGUGAGCUAGCUAAUAACAUGGCGAAGACUUACGAUUACUUGUUUAAACUACUUUUAAUCGGCGAUUCAGGCGUCGGAAAGACCUGUGUGCUAUUCAGAUUUUCAGAAGAUGCCUUCAACUCAACGUUUAUCUCCACUAUAGGUAUUGAUUUCAAGAUCAGAACAAUAGAAUUAGAUGGAAAGAAGAUCAAGCUACAGAUAUGGGAUACGGCAGGACAGGAGAGGUUCAGGACCAUCACGACAGCCUACUACAGAGGAGCCAUGGGCAUCAUGUUAGUCUAUGACAUUACCAAUGAGAAGUCCUUUGACAACAUCAAGAACUGGAUACGGAAUAUAGAAGAGCAUGCCUCAGCAGAUGUGGAAAGGAUGGUCCUUGGGAACAAAUGUGAUGUCAAUGACAAGCGACAGGUGUCCAAAGAAAGAGGAGAGAAGCUGGCGCUGGAGUAUGGUAUCAAGUUCAUGGAGACCAGUGCAAAGGCAAACAUCAACGUCGAGAAUGCCUUUUUAACCCUCGCCAGAGACAUCAAAGCAAAAAUGGACAAGAAGCUGGAGGGCAACACCCCGCAGGGCAGCAGUCAAGGAGUAAAGAUUACAGAACAACCCAAGAAGAGCAGUUUCUUCCGCUGCACGCUCCUGUGAGGAGACGGGAGUGUCGGCAUCCACCAUCGCCUUAACUGUGUCCCCCCCACUGGACAGAACUGGACAGAGCACACUCACAUCUCUUCUUUUAUUUUUCUUCACCUGUCUUCCUCCUACUCUUUCUCUCUAUAAGGAAAAACAGAAGUUUUUCGCUCUCUCGGUUCCCUCGACAGCUGUGAAUCUAACUACUGUGGCCUCUGUUAGAUGCUAAGUCUGAUUUCUUUUGUUACAGUUGCUCAUUAGAUUGACAGCGCCAACUUGAUUCCUUCGAUUUUAUUGACUUUUAAAGACGGCCUCCUUGUGAGAUACUAGAAACGAUCAAACCUUUACUUCUCACAAUAAUGUCUAAUUCCAAGAUUUUUUUUUCCACCUCUUGUCAGUGUCACUUGGUGUCUUAUAUAUUCGAUCCUUAUCACUAAAAGUAGCCCAAAUUAUACUUCCAGAAAAGGCUUACUAGUUCAAUGGGCUUCCUAAUUUUGAAUAUACUCCAUCUGUCGAAUAAUGCGAUGUAUGUAUCCAAGGUGAUGAGAGUACAAUCCAAACUAUUAUACCACAUUUGUGUACUGACUGGAUGGCCUAGACUUUUAUAUAUCCACAUAAGGUAAACGCCACAUGUAAAUGUAUAUCGCUGAUUAUGAUUCACCAUAUGAAAUGGUAGUGCCAGCGCAUUUUACUCAUAUCAACUUUGGGCUUUACAUGUCCUCUGUCCACCUUUUCUACCCGUGUCUUCCUGUUGAUUUCUUAGGCUGAAACAUUCCUCUUUAAUGUGCAAUGUAAUGUGUAUGUGGGGCCCAGAUUUAGCCCAUCUUAAGUAUUUUACAUGGUUGCAGUAAGACUGGGUUAAGUAUGCUUGUUUGAAGGGCACACCGAUUCCUUUUGUAGUUGCUUGCCUCGUCAUUUCAGGUAUUGCAAAUUCUAUGGAUGAGAUAAGAUGUGAUUGGUGUGAGGUAGAUGUUUAUUUGAUGCACUUCAACUGGUGGACUAGCAAUACCUAACUCUAACACCUGGAUGCAUACAGUUACACAGCGGUGGCACAGAAGGAAUCACAGCAAUGAUGAAAUCAUUGUUUUAUGCAUUCAUACUUCUUCCUCUCCAAUCGGGGAACAUGUACACAACUGUUUUCUGGGCCUUGGGAUAGGGGCUGUGCUGUAGCAGUAUUUAUGGAGUGAAACAAAACAUAGCACCAAAAUGACCAAGUGCCCUUUUAUGUUCUUAUUGAUUAUUAUGCACUUUUCCUUUGUUCUUUCUGUAAAAAAAACGUUCUUAACAUUUGUUGACUGUGCUCGUUGCAAGUCUAAACUGAAAGCAAAGAAUAUUCAUGCACAAGUUUUCCAUGUACCCUCUCUGGGCUUCCGAAAAACAUCUGAGCACUGAAAUCUCAUCUUUUAAGUUGGUAUAGUGAAACUAUACAGAAGGCCUUUGAUUUAGAAAUGUUUUCCAACAUUCCUAUUAAUUGAUAUUUCCCUUUUUCCAGCUUUUUAUGCAUUUAUUGCAUCUCCAAUGAUGCUUUUGGGAACCCCAGAUGCACACACCCCUCACUCACCUCGUCUCUCUCUUGUUCCCUCCCCUCUCCAGACAUCCCAUAUCUUGUUUUGGCCCAGUAUCAUGGCCAUCUGAACUAUGCAUUCAAACCUCAAAAAGCUUUGCACGUGUGAUUUGACAAGCUUUAUUUGAGAUCAGAAAUGUGCAAAGGAUCCUUGCCGUUUUAUUUUCUGCUGUCACUCCAAAUGCCCGGUUGAGCUGUUAAGCCCUAAGAAUAGGAAAUUAAUUGAAAGCUGAUGAAAAUUACAUUUUACAGUGAGAGCAAAUCAUUUCUAGCAGUGCUGAGGAGUCAUUGAAUAUGUAUCUGUGUAGGGUUUAACCUGUGGAUUUAAAUAAUUGUCUUUAACAUGGUUGGACUUUAGGCACAAUUUCAGUAUAACUGGCUCUCAAAGAUUAGGUCAAUUCAUGGCUUAAAUUUGCCUUAAAUUUAUUCUGUAAAAUGAGCUUGGUUCUUCUUUUGAUUGGAGUCAUCUGUAAUUCUCGCCAAUUAUACAUUUGUCAGGUCUAUGUUAGCAUAUCUUCAGCAUUCCCCAACUAAAUUUGGAUUUCAUCGCUGAUUAUUGAUGGAUUUCAUGGGGAGUCAAUUAAACAAGUCAGCAAUUGUAAAUAAGAUCUACAGUGAUUGUACUGAAGGUUCAUGAAUCUUAUUGAUCUACACAUUUUGUAGAUAUGUGUUUUGAUGAUUUAUUAAAAAUGAGAUUCUU